ACGAGUAGUAAAUGAAAUUCGUCUUAUAUUUGGUUCGAUUUUGACCUUAAAUAGAUGCUAAUUGAUUAAUUCAAUAAUUUUUUUAUAAAAAAAAAGAAGGAGAGAGAAAGACGGUGAUGGUGGGUACAUGUUGGGAGCAGAAAAUUGGGGGUCCUUUCCUUACAGAUUCAUCAGUUCCUCUUCCACAUUAUAGCUGUCAAGAGCUGUCCUUUAUUUUCACCCUCAAUUGUCCUUCUGUUUCUCUCCCAGGAAAUGUCCUCAAGCUAGGUACUUUAUCACUUUUUCUGACCCCAACAAGUGUUCAAUGGUGUGCCUCAGCUUGUUUUAGGGUUCCCCAGGUGAACAAAAAGCAGGAAACAAGAGGGUGAACUGACUGCGUUGAGGGUAAAAUUGUUGCAGGCGGCGGGAAAUGAGUGCGUCCAGGUUCAUAAAGUGCGUCACGGUCGGCGACGGUGCCGUCGGGAAGACUUGCAUGCUUAUCUCCUACACCAGCAACACUUUUCCUACUGAUUAUGUACCUACUGUAUUUGACAACUUUAGUGCAAAUGUAGUCGUGGAUGGAAACACUGUUAAUCUGGGGUUGUGGGACACUGCUGGCCAAGAAGACUACAACAGAUUAAGACCUUUGAGCUAUCGAGGAGCUGAUGUCUUCCUACUGGCUUUCUCUCUUAUUAGCAAAGCCAGCUAUGAAAAUGUUGCCAAGAAAUGGAUUCCUGAAUUGAAGCAUUAUGCGCCUGGUGUUCCAGUUAUCCUUGUUGGGACAAAGCUUGAUCUCCGGGAUGAUAAGCAAUUCUUUAUAGAUCACCCUGGUGCAGUGCCCAUUACCACGGCUCAGGGGGAGGAACUGAGAAAGCUAAUUGGAGCUCCUGUUUACAUCGAGUGUAGUUCAAAGACACAGCAGAAUGUGAAAGCUGUCUUUGAUGCGGCCAUCCAGGUGGUUCUCCAGCCACCCAAGCAGAAGAAGAAAAAGAAGAGAAAGGCACACAAGGCCUGCUCAAUAUUGUGAUCUUUGAAAUAGAGAGUUCCGUGAGAAAGGCAUGACGCAAGUAGCUAUUUAAUCUCACCAUGUCUCUUACCUACUUUCAACUCAAGGAGACAACUCUAUGGUUUGUAGUCUCAGCUGGAAAAAAAUAGGGAUCUCUCUUCCUCUCUCUCUUCCUCUUUAAACAUUGAAGUCUAUGUCUCUAUGAAUCUCCCUCUCUGGAUUUUAUCUGAAUCUGUAUAUGAUGGUUAGUACCAUUUGUGUUAACAUGGAACCACCCUCGGAGUUCCCAUGGUGUUCUAUCUGCAUGAUUUCUUGACUAGCAAGUGGAAGACUUCUGGGAGAGAAACCACUGUUUUCUCUUGUAUCAUGUGAUGUAAUCUGAUUUAGCACACUAAAUGGGAAUUUCGAACAUGUUUGUGCUUUGUUCUGAGUCCUUAAUUUUUCAUCACCUUAACGGAGGGUGUUUUUUCCUUUUUUUUUUUUUUUUUUGUGAUAGUACCUUAAUGGAGAUAUUGCAUCCUACAGUCGCCUGUCAGUUUCAUUGCUUUCUUAGAUUCUCAACCAAUAAACCUCACAAGUCAAU